AUGCGCCAUACUGCGUCGAGCGGGGGCUUCUACAGGUUUGCGGCCACCGCAUCCUCGCCAUUUCCGCAGUUGCCUGCUCGCUGGUUGCGGCAGCCGGACGCUUCGUCGUCUCCUUGGCCUCUGCAGCCGCACGACCAAAGACAGCAACAGACGGCCACAACGCGGUCACCAACACAAGCUUGUGACAGCACGUUAACGGCUGCUGUAGCGAGUCGCCAUGCCCGUCCGGCUCCGGCCUCGCCAUCACCUCGUGCAGACGGUGACAUUGCUGCAGCCGCUACCGGCACCGCCGGGUCUGGGCGAUCGUGUGCCUCACCGCCGCCUCGCCGGUCACACACAGCGACCGAGGAGCGCCUAUCAGCACUGUCUGCAGCUCUCCCGCGCCCUUUUUACUUUCAGCCGGUGCGUACAACAGAGUCGGUCUGCGUGGCUACGACGGCGUCCUCGUCGGAGUGGGUCCUGCUGAAUGUUGGCGGCCGGCUCAUCACAACGACCGUCGGCACACUCAUGGCGGAUCCUGACAGCGUGCUGGCGUCGCUGUGUGCGUGCCUUGUCCCCUCGCCAGGGCGGGGCGACAUCGUUGCCGGGAAGAAGAGCGGUGCACAUCGCAGCGCCCCAAUCACAACACAGGAGGCCUCGGGGCGCUGUGGUGCCGUCGCCCACGCGACGCCGCCUGGGGAGGAGGCGCCCGAGGGCGGAGUUCGGUGCGACCCGCUAGGGCGUGACAACCGCACUCACUCCGCCAACCUCGCCGACGGCCGCGACGCCGACGGCUUGCGCAACAGAGCAGCAGAGAGCGGUGGCGGCGACGCACAGACGCUGCCGACGGAGGCAGCGCCGGACGCGGAGGUGCCACCGGCCGCGGUGGAUGGACCGCAACAUGCGCCCCAGCACGACAAUGAUAGCGUGCAGCGGGACGGGGAUCGCUCCUCUCUGUUCUCUGAGCUUUACACAUGCCACCACCCAUUGCACCACUCUAUCGCCUCCGCUGCCCCGACCUCAGCAGCACCACCGCCGGCGCUGCAGCACGUGUCGCACCAGCAUUCUUUGCGCUCCGUGAUGCGGGAGUCGCUGCCUGACUACGUGGCAGCUCACACUCCGCCGGCAGUCAGCAUGCCAGUGGGUGCCAGCGUUGGCGAGGGCGGUGACGGCGAGGCGGUAAGCCCGCAGCAGACAGCCUCUGCCAUACCCCUUGACACAGACGGCGCCAACGCCAUCUUGCUUGACCUGGACGCGGACUACUUCCUGCCGAUCUUGAACUACCUGCGUCACGGUGCUGCCAUGAUCCCACACUACCUCAGCAUGGCCGGGGUGCUGGCGAUGGCGGAGUACUUGAAUGUGAUGGGGCUAGUGCGGCUGCUGCGCGGUCCACCGAAGCCGCGGCGCGUGAUGUUGUUCAGCUGGGGCUCCGGCGGCAACGGGGAGCUGGGAACCCAUGCCACACGAGACGAGCCGACGCCGACCAUGGCGCAAGUGACGCCGUUCGGCGUGCGGGUGUGCGAGAUUGCGCUGGGGGCGAACUACAGCUGCGCUUUGAGCGACACUGGCAGCAUAUACACUUUUGGCAACGGAGAGUGGGGCCAGCUGGGUCUCGGCGGAAGCGGCUGUGUCGUGCGCGGUGGCAGCAACUCCACAGGUGGUGGCGGGGGCGGUGGCAACGGCACCGGCCAGGAUGGUGUCGACGUGCCGGUGGAGCUGCUUAUCCCGCGCCGGAUUCCGCUGUUUGAGCAGCUGCCGGCGGUGCACGUGGCGGCCGGGUACGCGUUUGCUAUGGCCAUUGUGGAGGGCCACCACGUCUACUUCUGGGGCAACAACAACCAUGGCCAGAGCGGCCGCGGACGCGCCCACUUCGACUUGCCGACGAAGAAGGUGGAUGCGCCAGUGCUGGUGGACACGCUGGAGGGCAAGCGCAUCAUCCAGCUGAGCUGCGGCAGCUUCUUCGCGCUGGCGCUAAGCGAUGAUGGCUUUCUGUACAGCUGGGGGCUGGUGGACUGCGUCGGCCUCGGCACGCCGGAGGAGGUGGAGCGUCGCUAUCGCGACGUCCUGGGCGAGUCCCUCAGCAACGAGCGCCGCGCUGUCGUGCUGACGCCGCAGCUGGUCACCGUUAAGGGCAGGCGGCGAGUCACUCCCGGCGGUGCGGCCGUGACUGCGCCGGAGCGCAUUGUGCGCAUCCGCGCCGGACAGUGGCACAGUGGCGCUAUCAAUGAACACGGAGAGCUCUUCACAUGGGGUGUGGGAUAUCAAGGCCGGCUCGGGCACGGCUCCAAAGCCCCAGCCUACGUGCCGACGCUGGUGCGCGGCGCGCUUGAGGGCCACCGGGUAGUGGAUGUGGCCUGUGGCUCUUUCCACACCGUCGCCCUCACUGCCGCGGGUGCCGUCUUCUGUUGGGGUGACAAUGCGAGUGGGCAGUGUGGCACCACAGCUGGCAGCCCCGACGCCUUCACCGCGCCGUAUCGGGUCGUGGGUCUCGAAUACGUGGCUGGCGGUGUGGCUCGCAGCAUCGCCUGCGGCCGGCAGCACACUGUCGUCGUGAUGGAGGGUCCGCAGCCGUGGUGCCCGCAGCCAUGUUGCCGCGCCGACGCUGCCGAGUCUGGGUACCACUCCCAUGCGCAGGUCUACUGCUUCGGCGAGGCAACCCGCACGGCAAACGCGACCGGCUCGACUGCCUCUGCUGUGGCCGCGGCUGCUGUGAGUGGUGCGACGCGUGGCACGGUUUCCUCCAGCCACAUCGGGGUGUCCGUGGCUGCCAUGAACGCAAGCACUCUGCCUACCUCUCCGGGCCACGGCCCGUAUAUGACGGGUGGUGCUGCCGGCGGCUACCAGCCUGCUCUCGCACCUGGCGGUGCUGCUGCUGCGUUCCCGACCCGCUCGCCGCUCCCGUGCAUGGGAGGCCAUCAUCACCCACACUAUCAGCUCGUGCCCGGUCUGCAAAAUGUUGAUGUGCAAGGGGUCGUCAGCGGGCUGCACCACACCUUCGCCUACGUCGAAGAGCUCUGUGGCGAUGCACUGCGAGUCGCUGGCGGAUUCGGCGAAACGUUGCCUACUGCGACACGCGGCUGGGAGCACCGGCCGAGCUACGCCCCUUACCCACCUCCGCUGCUGCCACCCCAAGCGGCAGCGGAGAGCCACGUGAGCCACUCGGCAUUCACGUGGGGACCAAGAGGCUGCAGCAGCGGGGGCACUACUAUCAGCUGGGUCAGAUCAUUUGUGCCCCCAACACCGGCAUCGCAGCGGCCACCCUCCGCGUAUCGUGACCCGUGGGCGGAUGCCCCGGUCGAGAGCAGCACGGACAGCGUCGGCGGCCGCAUCGUGCCACUCACCAGGACUCGCACACUGCACCCGACGUCCUGGAGCAGCGACGGUGCACCGACGCCUUUCACAGGUGCUGCUUCCUCGCAGCAGCACCAUUCGCUUGGCGAGCCCCCCUAA